AUGCCCUCCCUCCGGCAUAUCCUGUCCUCCUCCAAGGUGCGGUCGCAGUCCGGCUGCUACACCUGCAGGCUGAGGCGUAAGAAGUGCGACGAGCGCCGUCCGGAGUGCUCGGGAUGCGCCGCGCUGGAGAUCACAUGCCACUAUGGCGACGUCAAGCCCGACUGGAUGGACGGCGGGCCCAAGCAGAAGGAGAUGGCCGAGCACGUCAAGGCGCAGGUCAAGAAGCAGGCCAGCCGGCGGCGGGACCGCAAGUACCUCGAGCUGCUGGAGACGGGCACGAGCAAGGUCAGCCUGAGCGACGACGGCCGGCAUCGGGAUCGUGAUCGAGAUCGUGAUCGUGAUCGCGAGCGAGGGCACGCCUACGACGCGACGUCGGCGCCGUCCACCAAAGAAUCGCCCAACAGCCACGUCUCGGGUAGCACCGCCGGCACGUCGCCCCCCGAGGUUCCUUGGCACAGCCAGGCGUUUGGCGGCGGCGGCGGCGUCGACGAGCAGGCCGAGAUGGACCGUUCCGCCGACAUCCACUACACCUGCAUGUACCUGGACUACGUCUUCCCGCACCUGUUCCCCCAUUACCGCCCGCACAUCCUCGUCGGCGGCCGCGGCUGGGUCAUGGACGCGCUCCAGUCCAACAAUAAGUCGCUCUACCACAUCACCGUCUCCCUGGCCUCUUACUACUUUGCCUUGAUUCUCAACAACGGCGAGCCCGAGCACAAUGAGUGCAUGGCCAAGAUGGUCCAGAAUCUGCAGACGCAGAUGGAGCUGGGCCUGCGCGAGCUGCAGCGCGAGGUCAGCUCGCUGCACAGCCGCAAGAUGAACCCGCGCGACGGCCUCGUCGUCAUGGAGAGCAUCAUCCAGCUGCUCAUCUUCGAGGUCGCUAUGGGCAACCGCGAGAACUGGAAGCUGCAUCUCGACGCCGCCAUCGCCCUGUUCCGGCAGAUCCUGCCCGACCCCGAGGGCUGGGAGGAGAUGCUCUACGGCCUCGUCAACAAGCGCUGGCCGCCGCCCGAGAUGGGCAUGAAGCGGCCCUGGAGCACGAGCCAGGCCGCCUGCAGGUUCUUCACGGCCAACCUGCUCUACACGGACGUGCUGUCGAGCGUCACGCUUGCGUGCCCUCCUCGGCUGUACAGCUACCAAAACACCAUCAUGCCCUCCUGCAACACAACCCAGUGGAGCCCCUGCACCAUGGGCGAGGGACCUCUGCGAAUGGAGGAGUUCCGCGGGCUGCACAACUGGGUCCUCCAGGUAAUUGGCGACAUUGCGUCUCUGCACGCAUGGAAAAAGUCCCAGAGCCUGGCCGGCUCCUUGUCCAUCAACGAGCUCCUGUCGCGGGGCACGAUACUGAUGGACGCCAUCAAGGGGGGCAUCAUGGCCAUCCAGAACACGGACCCACGGCCGGAUACGGUUGCCACCGUCAUCUCCGUGCCGGUCCUGAGCGAGCAGCCGUCGUAUGCGAUGCACAACACCAUCUGGCUCUACGCGGCCCUGAUCUACCUCAACACGGUCCUCACGGGCUGGCAGCCGUCGUGUCCGGAAAUCAGCAGCGCCGUGUCCAAAACCACCCACCUGCUCCUGAACCUUCCUAGCGGCACCUGUCUGGGGGCGCUGGCCUGGCCGCUAUGCGUCGCCGGCUGCUUGGCUCCUCCCGAAGAUGAGGUGAAGUACAAAACCAUCGUGGCCAGACUCGGCGGGCUGCAACCGUUUGGGUCGCUGAGGGAGGCCAUGAACAUUAUGGAGCGGGUGUGGGCGCGGCGACCCCUAGACGAGAGCUGGGACGUGGCGCAGUGCAUGAAUAUCCUGGGGCAUGGAGUUGUGUUGUUAUGA